AUGGGGACAACCCAUAAAACCAUCAACAUUCUUUUCAUUUCUCAUCAAACUCCUCCAAAAUCCAUCCCUUGUGCUUCUAAGCUGAUCAACACUAUGGUUGAUGCUGCCUUCGUCAUCGGGAUCGUAGGAAACGUCAUCUCCAUACUAACUUUCACUUCUCCCAUAUCACAGUUUAGGGAGAUUGUGAAAAGAAAAUCUGCUGAAAACUACAACGGAACACCAUAUAUCGUGACGUUAUUGAGUUGUUCUUUGUGGAUCUUGUAUGGUCUACUUGACCCUGAUGAUGGUCUCCUUAUCGUCACGGUUAACGCAGCUGGUGUGACCAUGCAAGCGCUCUACCUCGCUCUACUGUUCUUCUAUUCUUCCAAGGAAAAAAGGGUUACGUAUUUCGGGUUUGUGGUGUUGGACGUGGUAUGUUUUGGGGUGGUCGUGGCGUUCACACUUGUUGCGUUUGAGAAAGGCUCACAACGCACGUUCACAGGAGUUCUUUGUGCAACUUUCACGACAAUGAUGUAUGCUGCACCUCUUGCUGCAUUGGUAGGCUAA